AUGGGUAUCAGUGAGGAGAGAAAGACCCCUAUCAGGGCAAACCUGAAAUGUCUAUUUAUAUGCCUAGCUGUAUCGAUGGCUAAUUGCCAAUAUGGCUUUGAUACAGCAACUGUCGGUGGCUUCCAAGCCAUGAUCGGUUUCCUGGAGAUCUUCGGUUACAAGAAUCCAGAGUCGGCAAGUGGAUGGAGUAUCCAUACGGAGACGCAACAAUUGAUGACAUCCCUCAUCAACGUUGGCACGAUUGUCGGCGUGUUCGUCACAGCGCCUUUUGCCAAAUAUUUUGGCCGUCGAGAAGGCAUUUGGGUGGCCUCAUUGAUCAAUUUCGUCGCUGCCGGAGUUCAAGUCGGAACAACAAACAUCGGAGGAUUGUAUGCUGGCAGAGCACUGAUCGGUCUGGCCAACGGCUACUUCAUCACCUUUGCCAAUAUUUAUGUUGCUGAAGUCGCACCUGCACAUAUGCGAGGCCUUCUUGUCUCGUUUUUCGGUGUCUGGGUCAACAUCGGUUCCGUGCUGGGAUCUGUCGCGGACAACUACUCCAAGCAGCAUCUCAACAAGUUGUGCUACCAGAUUCCGCUGGCGAGCAUGUUUGCCGUGCCUGCGCUGUUGAGUGUGUUUAUGUUCUUCGUUCCAGAGUCGCCCAGGUGGCUACUCUUCCACAACAAACCCGAACAAGCCAGACGCGCUCUCGAACGGAUCCGCGGCCACUCUCUGAGCCCCGAGUUCCUCAACGAGGAGUACGUCGAGAUGGCUCGCGGUAUUGAAGAAGAGAAAGAACUCGCCUCUUCGGCCUCUUACUUGGACAUGUUCAAGGGCUCCGACCGCCGAAGGACAAUCAUCUGCCUCGGCACCGUCAUGUCCCAUUCUGCCGCCGGACUGUGGCUCAUCAUCGGUUACGGAACCUUCUUCUUCCAGAUCGCGGGCGUGGACAAACCCUUCGAGGCCUCGAUCAUUUCGACAUGUGGUAGCUUUGCAGGCGUGCUCAUCGGCCUGUAUUUCACCACCAAGCUUAUUGGACGGAGAACGUCGAUGCUCUUUGGCUCGGCGAUGGCGUCUCUCUGCAUGCUGGCCAUCGGUAUUGCAUAUGUCACGGGCGGAACCUCCAAACCUGCGGGCUCGGCCAUUGUGGCCUUCAUGGUCCUGUACGGGUUCUUCUACAACGGGUUCUCCGGCACGUUGAGUUGGCCUGUUGCAACUGAGGUCUGCAGCUCCAGACUGCGUGUAUUGACCAUUGGCGUGUGCACGGGCAUCAACUACUUCUUCAACUGGCUCACCAGCUACACCGCGCCAUAUUUCAUCAACCCAGACGAACUCAACUGGGGUGGCAAAUAUGCGUUUGUCUGGGCAGGUUCGAACUUUUGCGUGUUCCUGUUCUUCUUCUUCCUGCUCCCCGAAAUGAAAGACCGGACGCUCGAAGAACUGGAUGAACUCUUCCAAAACAACGUCUCUGUGCGCAACUUUAAGAAGUACCAGUGCGUCAGUUCUGAGCGGGCCAAGGAGGUCGCGUUGAAGGAAGUAGGCCUCGAGGGGAAGCACCACGUGGUGGUCGAGACGGUAGAAGACACGCAUGCGAGCAAGGUGUAG